AUGCAUCGCUUUCGCAAGAAUAAGAAGGUCAAGGAGACCUUGGAUGAGUUGGAGAAUGGGCCAUCAACAUCGAGCUCGCCCUUUAGUUUGAAACCCUCGAAGAAGAAGGAUGCGGAAUUGGCACAAUUUCAACUGGACUUGUCGGGCGCCCUCCCUUCCUCGGAUGAUUUCCGCACGAGUCUGCUCAUGCCAAAGCUGUCCGCUCGAUUCAGCAUGUUGAGAGAACAGGAUGACCCAGAUACGAAACUCGGAAAGGCCAGCGACGAUAGUGUUCUGUUCCCCAAGCGAGCCUCGCGAUUGAACCUCUUCGGACACAACCCCAGCAUGUUGACGGAUAUCGACGAAGUAUCAUCCAACGAUGGCAGCCGUCCAUCAAUUGCUCUGGGACGAGCCGACUCUUACGCCUCGGGCAUGGAAGCAGGCUACGGUACCGACGACGAUCGCUCGCAAAGCGGUAGCAUCAUGAGCCGAGCCCGUCGUGCGGAAGGAAACAACCUCUUCGGUGGCCGCCAAAAGGUCUAUCGCAUUCCGGUUCGCUCGCCUACGGGGACAUCGCCCAGCUCAACGGAGCCUAAUCGCGGUAUGGGCAAGUUUGUCUACGAGCAUGACCUGAACAUGUCUGCUUUCCAGAAGAUGCGGCACAAGGAGAGGGAAGAACAACGACUUGCAGAGGAGGCGGCCCAAGAAGAGGCAGCCCAGGAGGCGGCGAUGCAAGAAUCAGAGGAUGCCACUUCGAGUUUCUCUACAAAACGCACUACCUAUUCUUCGACGGGAUCUGGGCCUACCACUAAUGCCCGCACGUCAACUGCUGCCACUUCGAUCGACGAAAACCUGCCUAUUGCCUCUCAAUUGUCAACGGCCUCCACGCCAGCUUCAGAAUUCCCAGUCGAUGCUCGCCCGCCAUCCGCAAUGUCGACGCCUCGCAAUGGCUCUGUUCGGUCUCGUCGCCUGUAUGGGCAAGGCCUCACUCAGACGGCCCAGAAUCAACAGACUUCGACUUUGAGCCGCCUGGAAAGCCUGAGUCGUCAGCGUGCCGGGACCCCAGACCUGCUUCCGUUGAACCGUAAUUACUCUCGCAGCGCCACCAACCUGCGUGAUCGCCUUCAGAAGCUCAACAUUACCGGACCGGCUACUACGUCUCGGCCCACGAGUCCUCCUUCCUCGGCGACCUCACCCAAGCAGCCCACAGCCCCAGAGCCUCCUGUGAAAGACCGUACUUCGCCCACUCCUGCUAGCUUCGGGGCCGCGCCUCCUCUGAGUCCGCCAACGAGCGAGGGUGAGGACAGUAACAACCUACUAGCAGCAGCACUCAACCCUGAGGAUCAUGGAAAAGCCACUGCUAUGGGCCUUUUCAACCGGCCUGCUACGGGAUUCGACGAGCAGCAGUUUAUGCGCCGCCAGCUGCAGAUGCACCAGGGCCGCAGCACUCCUCCCCCACGACGUCCGUCGCCCCCUCGUCGUCCUGCGCCGCAGGAACCGGCUGGCCGCUCGCGAGGUCUUUCCAAGUCUAGCUACCGUUCUCGAGCCGAGUCUGCUUCUUCCCAUUACAGCAGUGAUGCGCAGCACGGCAUUGAGCACUCCCGGGCAUCGAGCGUGGAGGCCUCGCCCGGCCGCCCAGGCUUGACAACUUUCUAUGCCAAUUCGACCGCCAGCGAGUCCGGAGAUGAGCACGAUGAUCGUCGCUCGUACGAAGUUUCUUCGGUGACCACUAUGGCCACCGACUUUGGCCACCCGCUGCAACAUGCCAGCACCGCCUCUAAGCCUCCAACUCCCACUGGCGAGCACCUGGAAACUCUUCCAGAGGUUAGAUACUCUGAUUUGGGCGAUCUCAAGCCUAUCGAAGAGGACGAGAGUCUGGAGGAGAACGAUGCCCCUUCUCAGGAGGCAGGAGGCAGCAUUCCUCAGCGGCCAGAUUCGCCAACAUUUGGCCUUAAUGGCUUCAUCCAAUCUCACCUACGCCAAGUGAGCAACCAAUCCUCCAUCUACCCUCCCCCGUCUCCAGGUCUGCCGCCGCAAGAACCCAAUUCAAACUAUCUCGCUGCUGAGGAGCCUAUCUCUGGGGCAACUACUCCAGCAACUACCCCUGACGAGACACCAUCGACCCUCGACAUGGAACCUUCGAGCCCGAAGGCUCUGUCGCACCAAUCCUCCGAAGUCACUGCGAAUCGCUCGAGCGGUGACUCCUCUGAUGCUAGCGCUCUGCCCGAGCAUGGCUCCGGGGUUGCACACUCCACACACUGGAAGGAGGAGCUGGCUUAUCAUCACCGUCGGGACGGAAGCACUGAGACCCAGAGGGAGCGCGAAGAAUUCGCUAUCGAGCUGGCUGAGCGGCGGCGCAAGGUCCAGGAGAAGCUGCGCAGCGUCGCAGAGAGCGAGAGCCGUUCUAGCAGCCCGACUCCCGGUCGCCAGACUCCCGACCUAGGUGGGAUCAAAGCUGGCAAUGCUUUCUCCCUCCUGAAGCACAAGACUGGCAAGCAAGGCGUCCCGAAACUGGACCCCAAGAGCAAGAUGUAUGGUUAUAACAGCGGCUCGACCCCAGCCCUGGUGUCAGAGGAUUCAUGGCGCGAGGAGGAACGGCCCUCUUUCAACCUUGGCCGUCACUCCAACUCCAGCUCUCCCCAGGUUGGAUCCGAGAGGUCAAUUCGGUCGCGUAUGCCAGUGAUCGGUCGCAGUAGCAAUGAGGAUUCUCGCGAAUCUAGUCGCAGCCGUGGUCCCUCCCCACACAACGCCUUCCGCUCUCGUUCUGGCUCUGACGCCUCUGGUCGGUCCAAGAGCCGAACUCGCUAUCGUGAACGUGAUGACCUCGAAACUGUGGAUGAGGGUGCUGUCAUUGCUCAUGAUAACUUUGUCAUUCCUGACAACUUUGAGCCUCCUUCGGUCUCUAGCUCAACCCGCCCGUCGAUGGAAGUCGAGCCUGUUGGGUAUGAUCGUUCCUCAUCCGCCGCAUCUGGCAGAUACCGCAGCACCAGCCGUUCCGGUACCUCCAAUUUCCAGUAUGAGCGGCCGUUUGCUUACCAGCAGUCGCACCCUCCCUCCAUCAUCGGUGCCACGCCUCGAGCUCCACCUGCUGCUCCCGCGUACUCUGCCAACGCCACCCCUCCGUUGAAUGAGGAUCAAUCUCCUACGGCGUCCAUGCCUGCCAUGCCCAACAAUGCCCAUACCCUGCCUCAACGUGCGCCCGGACACGGCCUGCUCCAAAAGCGCAGUGUCAACAAGAAGCUCAUUUCCGAGCCAACCUUGGUGUCUUCCACAUCCAAUGUGCCGCUUGUCGGUCUCCCCACUGGCAAUUCUAUGUCAUCCGUCUCUUCACAGCCAGGAGCCACCCCGCCCCCACUUCCGCCCAUGAACCCGCGUCGCCGCCGUGGUACCCAAACCAUUCUCAGUGCCUUCAAAUCUGACAAGCACGAAUCCCGGGUCUCUUCUCCAGCCCCUAGCAUCUCCGACGAGCAGAGUUACUUCCCUGACGACGAGAAGCGCCCACGCUCCCGCAAUCGUUUGCGCAAGACAUCCAGCGAAGGUGGCAAUCUGAAUGCCAGGGCACGCCAGGAGGCUAUGGUGAGCCCAGCUCCUGCUGUUCCCCAAUACCCACCGCCUGCAGUCCCUGUGGAUGGUGGCAUGUUCUAG